AUGUGCAUGAAGAAGGAAGUGGAGAAGGCAUCUCUCAUUUGAGGCCUACUGUGCUAGUCUCCUCCUGGGGACUUUGGCCAGGUUUUCUGAGAUCUCUCUGCUCUGUUCGGAGAUGACAAGCUUGUCAGGCAGGAGGCUACCUGCGUGGGAGCCUGUCACAACAAGAAAAACUUCACCCCCAUCCAAAUAAAUGGGCCCACUGUGCUACUGACCCACUACAACAACUUCGGGGGAAACAGCUUCUUUGACGCUCAGGACAAAUUCUCAACUGUUGAGUUUGACCACCUGUGUGGAGUAACCAUCAAACCCCAGCUGCACAGUACAAUGCUGGAUGUGAGGGAACUGUGGUAAGGGGCUCUCCAAAAGGGUUUGAAGGCCUGCGUGAGCUGCCACUUUCCUGUAGGGAACUGCUGCAUGUUCAGAAAAAGCCUGGGGAAGAGGCAGCUGUUUGUGGCCUGCACUGAGGCUCAUCUGUCAUCAAAUCACUGGAACGGCCUUUGGAUGUCAGUGACUUUUGCCCUGACUGCAUUUGCCAGUCAGGUUACAGGGAUCUUUCUCCUCCAGAUACAUUACUUCAGAGAUGCCAACCUCCAUGUAGCUGUCAGUGAGUCUGUGUGUGAGACUCUGGAUGUGAUAGACCAAAGUCAGUUUGCCAGAGACUUUGUGAAAUUCAUGAAAGCUGAGGACACCAAGUUUCAUAUUGCCAUUCUGGAAAACAUUCAGACUUUGUCAGAGGACAUAUGGGAAAAAAAUCUGUAGAGGAAACUCCCUGUUACUCAUAUUUUUAUGAACUGGAAUAAACUAUUUAAUGAUCAGCAUCUGAACACCAAUAUCUGCAAUACAGAAGUGCCUCCAUGCUUUCUGUAA